AUGUCUAAAGCAAUUGGAAUUGACUUAGGAACUACAUACUCCUGCGUGGCACACUUUGUCAACGACAGGGUCGAGAUCAUCGCCAAUGAUCAAGGUAACAGAACAACGCCAUCUUUUGUGGCAUUCACAGACACCGAACGGUUGAUCGGUGAUGCCGCAAAGAAUCAGGCGGCUAUGAACCCGGCUAAUACCGUGUUUGAUGCCAAGAGACUGAUUGGUAGAAAGAUGGAUGAUCCGGAAGUUCAGGGAGAUAUUAAGCAUUUCCCAUUCAAGGUUGUGGAAAAGGGCGGAAAGCCACACAUUCAAGUCGAGUUUAAGGGAGAGACCAAGGUGUUUACUCCGGAGGAGAUCUCGUCUAUGGUUUUGACCAAGAUGAGAGAGACUGCCGAGGCAUACAUGGGAACCAAGGUCACCGACGCGGUGAUCACUGUUCCUGCCUACUUUAACGACUCGCAAAGACAGGCCACCAAGGACGCUGGUUUGAUUGCCGGAAUGAACGUUCUGAGAAUCAUCAACGAACCAACUGCCGCUGCUAUUGCCUACGGUCUUGAUAAGAAGGAGCAAGGUAAAGGUGAGCAAAACAUUUUAAUUUUCGACCUUGGUGGUGGUACCUUUGAUGUUUCGUUGUUGUCCAUUGACGAAGGUAUCUUUGAGGUCAAGGCCACUGCAGGUGAUACCCACCUGGGUGGUGAGGACUUUGACCACAGACUGGUGAACCAUUUCGCUAACGAGUUCAAGAGAAAAUACAAGAAAGAUCUCACUGGAAACCAGAGAGCUUUGAGAAGAUUGAGAACCGCUUGUGAAAGAGCAAAGAGAACUCUUUCUUCGUCCGCCCAAACCUCUCUUGAGAUCGAUUCGUUGUAUGAAGGUAUUGACUUCUACACUUCCAUCACCAGAGCCAGAUUCGAGGAGCUUUGUCAGGACCUGUUCAGACAGACCCUGGACCCGGUUGAGAAGGUGAUGAGAGACGCCAAGCUUGACAAGUCCCAGGUUGCCGAGAUUGUGCUUGUUGGUGGUUCCACCAGAAUCCCAAAGGUGCAAAAAUUGGUGUCUGACUUCUUCAACGGUAAGGAGCCAAACAAGAGCAUUAACCCUGAUGAGGCUGUUGCCUACGGUGCUGCUGUUCAGGCCGCCAUCUUGACUGGUGACACCUCCUCCAAGACCCAGGACUUGCUGUUGUUGGACGUUGCUCCAUUGUCUCUUGGUAUUGAGACUGCCGGUGGUGUCAUGACCAAAUUGAUUCCAAGAAACACCACCAUUCCAACCAAAAAGUCCGAGACUUUCUCCACAUACUCCGACAACCAGCCUGGUGUUUUGAUCCAGGUUUACGAGGGUGAGAGAACCAAGACCAAGGACAACAACCUGCUAGGUAAGUUUGAGCUUUCUGGCAUUCCACCUGCUCCAAGAGGUGUUCCUCAGGUUGAGGUGACUUUUGACAUCGACGCCAACGGAAUUUUGAACGUUUCUGCUCUUGAAAAGGGUACUGGUAAGAGUCAAAAGAUCACCAUCACCAACGACAAGGGUAGACUGUCGAAGGAGGACAUCGAUAGAAUGGUUUCUGAGGCCGAGAAGUUCAAGGAAGAGGACGAAAAGGAGGCUGCCAGAAUUGCAGCCAAGAACGGACUGGAGUCGUACGCUUACUCCUUGAAGUCGACUGCCUCCGAGAAGCAAUUCGAAGAGAAAGUGGAUGCUUCCAAGAGAGAGACUUUGAACAAGGCUAUCGAGGAGACCAUCUCGUGGCUCGACAGCAACCAGUCUGCUGCUACUGACGAAUACGAAGACAAGCGGAAGGAGCUUGAACAGGUUGGUAACGACGUGUUGAAGGAUCUUUACGCAGCAGGCGGCGCCCCUGAAGGUGCUGCUCCAGGCGGAUUCCCAACAGGCGGAGCUCCAGGAGCAGAGCAACAGGGUCCAUCUGUCGAAGAGGUUGAUUAA